AUUCCUGGUACAUCUCGUUGAGAAUUAUUUUCCAAAAAUGAAUUUUACAUAUGUUCCCAGUUACCCCUCGUUUUCGGCCUUAUUAUCCCUUGCAAACAUCGCUUUAUUUGUACUACGUACGUUAAUUUCCCUAAUAAUAUUUUAGCGAGCUAUUCGGAAGAUUCUAAUUUAGAUAAUAACGUACAAGAAUGUGGACAGAAACACCAGAGAGUGUGUUUAUCAGCGUCAUGUAUAAAGGCAUCGGCACAAAUAUUAUCUCAAAUGGAUUUCGCAGUUUCGCCCUGCGACGACUUUUAUAGGUUUGUUUGCGGCAAUUAUAUGAAAACCACGACAAUUCCUGAUGACAAAACGUCCGUUAACACAUUCACAGUCAUAGUGGACGAAUUGGAAGAACAAUUAAAAUUAGCUCUCGGAGAUACUGACAACGAAGAGAUAUCAUCGAUUCAAAAAGUGAAAAGAUACUAUCAAUCGUGCAUUAACAAACUGUGGAAUUUUAGAGGAGAUUGAAGAGAGGGGAAUUAACGAAGUCAGGGAUAUAAUAACGGAACUUGGGGGUUGGCCUGUGGUCGAAGGAAGAAACUGGAACGAAGACAAAUUUAAUUGGUUACAGUCGGUUUUUUUGAACAGGAAAUUGGGCUUAGACACCGGCUUCUUCAUAGAUUUCUCGGUAGGGUUUGACUUCAAAAAUUCUUCUCGACGAUUAAUUCAGGUAAUAGAGCUAUUAUGUCAUGGGAACGGUUGUUUCAUGUUUCAUUAUCAUCAUAAGGUCGUCAGUUCUAAGACUGGUUGGACACGUACCUCC